CUUUUUUAUUUUUCUCUCUUAAUUAUAAUAUAAAUGAAGAAAAUGUCUCAAGUAAACAGACAACAACAAUGGGGACUUACUCCUCCUUCUUCUAUCGAUUAUCCUAAUGAUCAUGAAAUAAAACUAACAGAAGAUCUUAUAAGAACUUUACAUGAAUAUGGCUUAUUUGAAAGCGACCAGGAAGCACAAAAAAGAAUUACUGUCCUAAAUAAAUUAGACGCUAUGGUAAAAGAGUUUGUUUAUCGUGUUGGUAUAUUGCAAGGUUUAUCGGAAGAAGAAGCUAGAAGCGCAGGAGGGAAAAUAUUUACUUUUGGUAGUUAUAAAUUGGGUGUUCAUAAUGCUGGUGCUGAUAUUGAUACGUUAUGUGUAUUCCCAAAGCAUGUAGAAAGAGAUCAUUUCUUUACAAUAAUGUAUGACAUGUUAAAUGAGAGGCCCGAAGUGACUGAGUUAACAUCCGUUGUGGAUGCAUAUGUUCCAGUUAUUAAAAUGCAUUUUUCUGGUAUUCCUAUUGAUUUUGUGUGUGCAAGAUUAUCAUUAUCAGCUGUGCCAGAUGACCUUGAUUUAUCAGAUAAUAAUAUUUUGUUAGGAUUAGAUGGACGUUGUAUUCGUAGCUUAAAUGGCUCUCGUGUAACGGAUGAAAUAUUACGACUUGUACCAAGCGUACCAGUAUUUCGACUGGCACUAAGAACAAUUAAAUUAUGGGCAAAGAGAAGGGCGAUUUAUUCAAAUAUUAUGGGAUUUUUAGGUGGUGUUGCUUGGGCAAUGUUAGUAGCAAAAGUAUGUCAAAUGUUCCCAAAUGCAUGUGCUGCAUCUAUUGUCUCAAGAUUCUUUUUAAUUAUGUAUCAAUGGGAAUGGCCACGACCUGUAUUAUUGAAACCAAUGGAAGAAGGACCACUUCCAAUUAGACAGUGGAAUCCUAAGCUUUUUCCUGCUGAUAAAAGUCAUCGUAUGCCAAUCAUUACACCUGCAUUUCCAUCUAUGUGUGCGACCCAUAAUGUCACUGAUUCAACUCGAGAGAUCAUGUUAAAUGAAUUUCGUCGAACAGGGGAUAUUGUAGAAAAAAUCAUGAUUGGUACAGGGAAAUGGGAGGAGCUGUUUGUAGAGAGUGAUUUCUUUCAAAUGUACCACCAUUACCUGCAAAUUACUGCUAGUUCAUAUUCACCUCAAACACAAUUACAAUGGUCGGGUUUAGUAGAAUCACGAAUAAGACAACUAGUACUAAAACUAGAACUUGUUGAUUUGUUGCAAAUUGCUCAUCCUUAUAUUAAAGGAAUCGAAAGAGUACACUAUUGUGUUAUGGGAAAAGAAUGCUGGGAUGUAGCACAUGAAACUUUAAAUUUUUUACCUCCUGAAGAAAGAGAAUCACUUAUACCUAUUUAUACCACAACUUAUUACAUUGGUUUAAAGGCAGAACCUGUUACGGAUGAAUCACGUGGUCGUAGAAAAUUGAAUAUCGUUUGGCCUACAACUGAAUUCUUAAAAACCACUAAAAUGUGGGAUCGAUUUGACCAAAAGACAAUGGGAAUUACGAUCAAAAAUCUGAAAGGAUCUAUGUUACCGGAAGAACUUCGUAAACGACAUAAUAAGUCUAGUAAACAUAAUAACCGCGUAUCUUCCUUUCAUUAUUAUCAACAUCGUCCAUUACAGUUAAAAAAUAUGAUAGAAUCAACCAAUAAAGACUCUGUUAAAACAAGUCAACAAAUAGAAAGUUAACAAUAUACCAAUCAAGAAGGGAGCAGGUAUCCUUCUCAACACAAAAUUUAUAGAAGAAAAAAAAAAAGGCCCUUAUACAUAAUCUAGUUUAUAUUUAUAAUAAUAUACUUAUAUACAUUCCUUCUAGAAUUGACACACCUACACACUCUCUCUUCCUCUCUAUAAUAUGCAUGUAUAUCUCUCUUUUGUGUAUAUAUAUAAAAAAAAACUAUUUAAUAAAAAAAUAAAAAAAAAACCCAUAUAC